UAAUUGUAAGCAGUGCCAAGCGUAAGAGAACAAGAGAAGAUCUCUGCGAUCCCGUUUCAUCGAUCGGAGCUCGUAGGUUCGCAGGCGAAAGAGGAAGAAAGAGAAGCUGAGAGUAUGAUACUGGCGGUGCUGUUUGCGAACGUUGAGGGAAAUAUCCUCAUCGAACGUUUUCAUGGUGUUCCUGCAGAGGAGCGGCUACACUGGCGUUCCUUCUUGGUUAAAUUAGGAGCUGACAAUCUCAAGGGUGCCAAAAAUGAAGAGCUCCUUGUUGCUUGCCACAAGUCAGUUUAUAUUGUGUACACAGUUCUAGGGGAUGUCAGCAUAUAUGUUGUGGGCAAGGACGAGUAUGAUGAACUUGCUUUGUCGGAGGUAAUCUUUGUCAUAACCUCAGCUGUGAAGGAUGUAUGUGGGAAGCCCCCAACUGAGCGCCUUUUCCUUGAUAAGUAUGGAAGGAUAUGCUUGUGCUUGGAUGAAAUUGUAUGGAAGGGAUAUUUGGAAAAUACAGAGAAAGAUAGAAUCAAAAGAUUGAUAAGGUUGAAGCCUCCGACGGAGUUCUGAAUGAGAAGUUAAUGGCCAAUUAUAACGCAAUCA